AUGAUUCGCAGCAGCACCGAGGAGGUGACACCCGGCGGGGACGCCUCGGACAGCGGACAGACCUGGGCGGCGUCCCCGGUGAACAGAGGCGGACCGAACGAGACCACCUCACACGGUCCCCGCUCCACCUCCUCCACCUCCUCCGGCUCGUCCCGUCAGAGUUUAGAUGGAGGCGGCUCGAGCUCCGGCCCCAGACCCACACUACCCACAACCGGCCCAGGUAAACUAAUGGAGGAGUUAGCCGGUCAGUUUCCUCAUGGCGUCACGGGGGGGAGGAUAAAUCCAUCAGUGUUUGCAACCACCUCGGACAGCUCCUCCUUCCGCAGCCAUGUAGGAACACCCGGACUGAGAAGGACCCCUGGGGCCGCAGGCACACAUCCUGCACAGACACCACUUACUGAUCACACUGCAACAAGUUGCUCCUCUGCCACUCCAAACUCUGCGGCCUCUGUGAUUGUAGCAGUGGUUGAAGGGCGUGGUUUGGCUAGGGGAGAGAUCGGCAUGGCCAGUCUCAACUUGAAGUGUCCAGAGCUCGUACUUUGUCAGUUUGCAGACACUGGGACGUAUGCCAAGGUCAUAACCAAGAUUCACAUCCUGGUGCCACUGGAGAUACUAAUGCCAGACACGGCGAGUGAGAAGGGAAAAGGGACCAAGCUGUUCAAACUCAUCACUGAGAACUUCCCGUGUGUCGCUUUCACUGCUAUCCAAAGGAAGUAUUUCAAUGAGAGAAAGGGACUGGAGUACAUUCAGCAGCUGUGCGCUCCAGAAUUUGGCACAGUCCUCAUGGAAGUGCAAGCUAAAUAUUAUUGCCUGGCGGCUGCAGCUGCUUUGCUGAAAUACUUAGAGUUCAUCCAGAACUCUGUCUAUGCUGCCAAGUCUCUUAAAGUGAGCUUUAAAGGGAGUGAGCAGACGACCAUGAUAGACUCAGCAUCUGCCACUAACUUGGAGCUGGUGGUCAAUAACAGAGACCACAGGAGCGAACAUUCUCUUUUAGGAGUGCUUAACCACACAAAAACCCCCGGUGGUGCUAGAAGACUACGCUCCAACAUUCUGGAGCCUCUGGUCGAUGUGGACACCAUUAACAUACGACUGGACGCUGUACAUGAGCUGCUACAGGACGAGGAUCUCUUCUUUGGCCUGAAAAAUGCCAUCGGUCAUUUCCUUGACAUUGACCAGCUGCUCUCGGUUCUCGUUCAAAUCCCAAAGCAGGAAACGGUUCAGGUUGCUGAAGCAAAGAUCACACAUGUCAUUCAGCUGAAACACACAUUGGAUCUGGUGCCAAGGUUAAGGAUGGUGUUGAAGAACUGCAACACAGCUCUACUUAAAGCCUACAGCACCUCACUUGAAGACACCAGGUUUGACUUGAUCCUAGAGCAGAUUAAGACAGUGAUUAAUGACGACACGACCUACCUGAAGGGGAGUCUGAACAUGCGCACUCAGAAGUGUUACGCCGUGCGCCCCAAUGUCAACGAGUUCCUCGACAUUGCCCGCAGAGCCUACACUGAGAUAGUGGACGACAUUGCCGGGCUAGUGAACCAAAUGGGGGAGAAAUACGGCUUUCCAAUGCGAACCAGCUUCAGCACAGCUCGAGGAUUCUUCAUCCAGAUGAAGCUUGAAGGUGUGCUUCUGCCUGGAGGGAACCUGCCUCCAGAGUUCAUCAAGGUUUCCAAGCACAAGAACAACUACGGCUUCACCACCGCAGACCUGAUGAAGAUGAACGACCGCUGCGAGGAGGCCCUGAGGGAGAUCUUUCACAUUUCUUAUGUGGUGAUAUGUCAACUGCUGAGCACCGUCCACGAGCACAUCCACUGCCUGUACAAGCUCUCUGAUGCUGUCUCCAUGCUGGACAUGCUGCUGUCACUGGCUAACGCUUGCACCAUCUCAGACUAUGUGCGUCCCGAGUUCACAGACACUCUGGCAAUAAAGCAGGGUCGUCACCCCAUACUGGAGCGAAUGGCUGGACAGCAGCCCGUAUCGAACAAUAGCUACAUCUCCGAGGGCAGCAACUUUGUCAUCAUCACUGGACCCAACAUGAGCGGCAAGUCCACCUACCUCAAACAGGUGGCGCUGUGUCAGAUCAUGGCUCAAAUAGCUCCUUGCAUCAUUGUUCCAGGAUCUUUCGUUCCGGCAGACUACGCCUCAUUUCGUGUUGCUGAUCAGAUUUUUACCAGAAUUGGUGUCGACGAUGAUUUUGAAACUAACUCUUCCACUUUCAUGUUGGAAAUGAAGGAAAUCUCUUACAUCAUCCACAAUGCAAGUGACCAGUCCCUGAUCAUCAUAGAUGAGUUGGGACGUGGUACCAGUGCUGAAGAGGGCAUCGGCCUCUGUCACUCAGUGUGUGAGUUCCUCCUCGGUCUCAAGGCGUUCACCCUGUUUGCCACGCACUUUCUCGAGCUGUGUCAACUGGAGUCUCUUUACCCAAACGUGGAGAACCAGCACAUGGAGGUUCAGCACACGCGCAGUGUUGACACUGACGAUGAGAGUGUGGUGUACACGUAUCUGCUGAGUCGAGGAUGCUCGGAGGAAAGACACUAUGGUCUGAGAGCAGCUGAAAUGACUGCCCUCCCUUUAAGUUUAAUCCAAGAGGCAAAGAUAAUAGCCUCUAAUGUCAGCCAGCAGCUCUUGGCCAAACAUCAUAGUGAUCCAGAAACACAGAGGCAGAGAGCUGUGUACCACCUGGCCACUCGCCUCCUGCAGGCUGCCAGGAACUCCAGACUGGACCCAGACAGCCUGCGCAUGUAUCUGAAAGGCCUGAGGAAGCAGUAUGAGGCAGAGCUGCAGGCCGCAGAGCAGCCAGAGUCCAUGGACACAGAGGAGGAGUGA